AUGGAAUUCGACACUCUGCUAAAUACUUCAUUGGAUCUUAAUGUCACGCCUUUAGGAUUUCCAGAUGAGAGAAGUGCUUUGAUAGAUGAACUAAACCGAAUUAGUGCUGAAAACAAGAGGCUCACAGAAAUGUUAAUAGUAGUGUGUGAAAAUUACAAUGAAUUGCAAAGCAGAUUAAUGGAGUAUAAAACCAACAAUCCAUCAAUGGAUAACACUGCAGCAUCAAGAAAAAGGAAAACUGAAAUCAAUGGCUCAGCUUCUGAGAGCAGCUCUAGUGAUGAAGAGUCAUGCAAGAAACUAAAUGAAGAACACAUCAAAGCAAAGAUUUCGCGGGUUUUCGUUCAAACACAAGCAUCUGAUACAAGCCUUAUUGUUAAGGACGGAUAUCAAUGGAGGAAAUAUGGACAGAAGGUGACUAGAGACAACCCUUGUCCUAGAGCUUAUUUCAAGUGUUCUCAUGCUCCUACCUGUCCAGUGAAAAAGAAGGUUCAAAGAUGUUCAGAGGAUCAAUCCGUUCUAGUUGCAACUUAUGAAGGGGAGCACAACCAUCCACACACAUCCAAGCUUGAGAUGACUUCUGGCUCAAACCGCUGUAUGACACUUAGCUCGGUCCCUUGCUCCAACUCCCUUAGCUCGUCUCAACGGUCCAUUACUCUUGACCUAACGGAACAAAAGAUGAGUUACGAUGCGAGAAAUUCAAACGGCGAAGUUCAUACACCAGAGUUCCAACAGUUUUUGGUAGAACAAAUGGCUUCUUCAUUGACUGAAGAUCCAAAUUUCAAAUCAGCACUUGCAGCUGCUAUUUCUGGAAAAUUUCUUCACUAA